UGGAGCCUAAUUUGUCGACAUUCUCAUGGCGAAUAUAGUGUAGUUCGGAAUAAGUGCCUGUUUGUGUGCUGUUUAUUUAGUUUUGUAUCGAUAAAGUUAUUAAUUUAUUAGUUGUGCUCGUACCGAAAAAGUUCGAAUCCGUUGUCGCGACAAAUCUAUGAUUUUUAACAAAAUGUGUAACUGGUGAAAAUGUGCAGUGUUUACGUUGAGAGUACGCAAAUAACAUUAGGAUUUUUGACUGAAGAAGAUACACACGCUUUUUGUACAAAGUUUUCACGAUGAGUCGGCUCAGCUCAGCUCAGCUUAAGUUCGAAAGCAGAAGCAAAAAAUCGAUAGGAAGGAAAGAGGGGCCUAAAAGUUGGAGCCCCACGCAGACAUCAUGAACCCACAACAACCGCAGCAGGGCCUGGCUGUAAACUCGUCCUUGUCGUACGCCAAUGACGCCGGGUUCGAUUUUACGGCUCCUAGGCCCCCCGUUCCGGGCAAGGAGACCCGGCAGAGUCUUCCGCAGUACGUGAUGGAGAAGAGGGCCAUGUCGCCCACGCCCAGGCGAUUCUCCAGCUUUGGCAACGAUCCCUUGUCUUCGGCUCCGAUGGGCUACGAGCCGGAGGGCAGCUGCCGAAGCGCGUCUCGUUCGUCUUCGUCGCCGUCGCCGCCCGCCUGGUUCCGAUGGAACCACUCGCUGCACGGGCUGCUGGCCGAUUCGGACGGCGCCGCCCUGUUCCGCACCUACCUGGUCUCGGAAGGCCCGCAAUUCGCAGAUCCCUUGGACUUCUGGUUCGCGUGCGAGGGCCUGCGAAAACAGCACGCCCCCGAAAAGAUACACCAGCUAGCGAAGGUGAUUUACAAAAAGUUCUUCGUAAAGUCGGCGCUGCCGAUAAACGAGGAACUUCGCAAGGAGAUCAGCAAAAACCUGAAGUCCUCUCAGUGCCUUGAACCGCCGGUGACGCUGUUCGACAGGGCGCAGGCCUGCGUCGAAGCCCAAAUCAACGCCACCACAUACCCGAACUUCCUCAAAAGCGAAUUGUACCUUAGAUACGUCCAAUUUGCCGAUAAUUCGGCAAGUAGAAGCAGCAGCGAGUUAAGUAGCAACGAACAAAUAAACAUUGCCAGUGCACCCGAUCUCUUGCCAACCUUACACGAAGACAUGGAGCUGGUCAUGAACCAACCUAACCUAAUUAACCAAAAUUCAGGUACCGCAAGUGUGGGCUACCAAACGCCCAACCCAGCAGGCAGCGGCGCCGUGCGACUCACAAAAGACCUACUUUUAAUGUCCCAAAAACAUCGAGCUGUCGAACUCCGACCCAAAUCCGAAGCAUACGCCAGUAUGUACCAUUUGAGUCGUGGAAACGCACACGCGGCCUACAACUCGUACAACCCCGUGUCGAGACAAGACAGCGAGAUGCAGUCGGUUAGUAGUCAUUCGGAUGCUCGAACCGAAUCCGACAACAUGUCGCUGACAGACAGUUCGAUCGAUGGCAGAUCGUUGGGUAGACCGUCGAAACGACAAGCGGUGCUGGAACGCAGGCACGCGCGCGAAUCCGCCGCGAUGAACCGCGAAACCUUCAUGAACCAGACGUUGAUACCGCGCACGCAGCGCAUGGACUCGAACAAGCUGCAGCCGAUGCAGCCCGAGCAGUUCGCGGCGAUACUGACGCAGAAACUCGACGUCGUCAAGCGCGAGCGCGACACCAAGGAGCUGCUGGAGAAGAAGCUGAAAGAGAGCGAGAGCAUGACGUCGAUCGACAAGAUUCGCAUGCUGCAGCUCGAGGACGACAACGAUCAGGAUAUUCUGGAUCAGCACGUGUCCAGAGUGUUCUCGGACUUGACGCCGGCGCGCUCGCCUGGCGUGCAGAGCCCCACAAGGGCAAUGUCGCCACCGCGUAGUAAAAGGCAAGUCUACCCCAGGACGAGCCGUAGAAGAGACAAGGACGGUUUUUCGACGUUCAGCAGCGAUUCUGGAAACGUCCACGACUACGCGGAGUCUUUGGAACAUAAGAUGUCGAUGGUGAAGUCCAAAAGCAUGCCCGAGUAUGCGGAAGAGAGAUUUGGCAGAAACAACAGCGCAUGCAGAAGGUCUUCCUCGAAGAAAACGCUCACUGAUUUCACGGACAGCGGGGUUUCUGUGGUGUCGGACACUCCGCCUGCGCUCAACAUGCCUCCGCCUAAAGACAACAGGGUGCUGGCUUGGCUGAUGGAGUCCGAUAAAAGCGGAAGGUGCACUUACAGCGAGAUGUCGCCGAAACACAAGAGCCACAGGGCGAGCAGUGCCACGUCGCCUAGUUCCAGCAGACACAGAAAAGGUUUUGGUUCCAGAUCGAGUUCCUUGGAGAGGAACAGCGUUGUUGGCACGCUAGGUCCAGCACAGCCUUUUGUGGCCGACCCCAACAUGCCUCCUCUUCCAUCGCCGAAUAUCGCAAUACAGCUGGAGGAGGCCAGAAGAAGGCUUUUGGAAGAGGACAGCAGGAAACCAAAGCAAAGGGUGUCCGGAAGGUAUUACCCCGAAGGUACCACCCCGAGCAGCCAGUCGACGAUGAGGAGGUCGCUGCGCGGAACGAGCAGCAGCGCGAGGCCGACGACGCAGCAGCAGCUGCAGCAGCAGCUGCAAAUGCCGACAACGACAGGGGCGGCGCCGGCGGCACCGGCCGCGCCGCUCUUCGCACCCGAAGACCUGACCACCGUGGUGUUUAACUUCUGCGACGAGCAGUUCCCGUACAGGACAAAAAUACCAGGGAGUCAGGUCACCUUGAGGCAGUUCAAGGAGUACUUGCCGAAAAAGGGAAAUUACAGGUUCUUUUUUAAAACGGUUUGCGAGGAGUUCCAGGUUAUUCACGAGGAAGUAACCAACGAUGGGGAUAUUCUCCCAUUGUGGGAGGGUAAAGUUAUGGCCCAAGUCAAGCCUUUGGAUUAAAUUAAAAUCAUGAGUGGAUAAAGGUGGUUACAUUUUAAUAAUAAAGGUCCUUUAUCAUUAAAAAUGUAACAACCCCUUUAUCCACUUACGUCUUUAAUUUAUACUUGGUGUGCUCUUAAAGAGCUAUAUUACCUUACUGAGCUAAAUGACGAUUGGUAAAAAUUUCGACAUUUUUACUUGCUGGUUUUUAGCAUGCAAGGCAAUAUUUUGGUUACUGGAAGUAAAGCCAUUAGACUGAAAAUAAUUGAAUCUACAAAGUCUAUUAUUUUAAAUUUAAUUUAAUAUUAUACAAUACAUAUUUAAUAUAAAAAAGAAUAAUUUAUUUUUUGUUGUUAAUUAAUAUGGCCACAAGAAAGGUCCUACAAUUAGACUAUAUUUAGUUUUGACUUUAAUGUGACAUUUUAAGUUUUUUAGUUAUGUUUACUGCCAAUGCUUACUCUAAAAUAUUUUGAGUGCAAAAAACGUUUUUACGAUUGUGCGAUUUUAAAAAUAUUUUUAUACUUAUGUAUAUACAAAUUAUUUUUAAAAUCUAAAGCAACCUAUUUACUAUGAAAUCUUCCAAGAAAAUAAAAAUGUACUUAAAACUUUUUUGCAAAUUAUUUUUCCAAAACAAACUUUAAUAAUAUUAUUAUUUGCUAUUAAAAAUGUACAGGAUGUUUUCCAAUAUUU